AUGCUGACUUUGCUCGGAAUGCGUCUGUUGCUGGUAACGUCUUGUAUUUUGUUGGGGAUCAAUGGAAAUCCAUUCACCAAAUCUGAGGGAAGGAAUGUAAAUCCACAACAGUAUGCUGUAAUUAUGGAGCAUUUCCUCUCGGGCACCAAGAAUGUUCGAUGGGAGACUCGGCCAAUGAGCACUUUAGAUCAGAAUGGUAGGGUGAAUAGUAUACAUGAGACAUUGCUUGAGAUCAAGAUCAGAGUUAAAAAAUGUUGUAUUUUUACUGUAGCGGUCUGUAACUUACAAUCUUGUCUACAUAUAUGUAUACUUUGACUGAAUUUCAGGAAAGCCAGUCAAAGGAAUGGGCAAUUCCGACUGCAUGGAUGUUAAUGGCCAGCUGAGGAAAGAUGGUGAAGAAUAUGAUAGACCCAGCAAAAAGUUCAAGUAUGUCUGCAAGCAAGGCGAAGAGGAGGUCACUGGUAAGCGAUCUAUGACAUCAAGAUAACUUUGAAACCAUGCUUCAAACUUGUGUUGAUCAAUUACAUUAUCCAUCUUCAGCUUGUAUCGGAUCUGAACGCUCGAACCAUGCCCGUAUUCCUGUUGGCUCCAACGUUGAGGUAAACGGAUUCUGGCACAAAUGCCAGAGUUUCGAGAAUGGAUCAGUUGUCUAUACUCAGGGUAAGAUAUAUUAACGAUGCAUUUGUCAUCAUGAAUAAGCUAACUGACAUUGCAUACUGAUAACGGUUGGGGAUUUAUUCUUUGCUGCCAAAUACUAUUGCUACCUUCAAUUUAGAACCCUCCUGCAAAGACGGAUCGGGCAAAGAAGUUCAUGUUGGCGAUGAAAUCACUGUCGGUUAUCUCCGUGUCUCCUGUGAUGACGGUGGAUACAAGACGGUUGGAUGUGUGUUCCACGGAAAGGAUGGUGAGGUUAUCUUGAGAGAGGGAGACACCAAACAAGAUGGCAAGUAUACCCACCAUUGUGAGAGUGUAAACGGAAAUCUCGAAUACUUUUCGACCGCCAGUGGCUGCACCAAAGUGGAUAAGAAUUUGAAGGAGGGCGAGACCUUCAGCGAGAAUCAUUUGCAUUACAAAUGCGAGAAUGGACUGGCUCAGAUCACUGGUGAGUAUAAGAGAUAUCAAAUAAUAAGCUUUGGUCUACCAAACUUAUGCUCCCCUUUGCAGGCUGUUAUGUUGAUGAUCACAAGGACCUGUCAAUUGGUCAAGACUUCGAAGAUAAGGGUGUUCUCCACCGCUGUUAUCGUGUUGGCGGUGCAGUUGAGUACGAAGAGUACCCUUGUCACGGAGACUCUUGUCAUCCAAAGCCAGUUGACGGAGGUCCGAAUGAAGUUCCCGCGUUAGGCCAAGGUCUCAAAUCCCCGGGAUUCGGGUCAUUCGCGGUUGUUCAGAGAGUUGGAGGUUCUGACAAGGUACAAUCUCCGACCAGUUUGAAGUUUGACUUGGACAGAAUUCUGAUGAGAUCCCAAGGAUAA